AUGAAAAAGAGGUUGUCCGUCCUUUUAAAGAGUGAAGUUGUUUUAGCGGCUCUGUAUCUUGAUCCGAGGUAUAACUAUUAUUUCAUUUUCGCUGUCCUUUUUUUAACAACCCCCCAUCCACCAAUUUUGUUUAAAUAUAAUGUCAUUCUCGAGGAAGACCAGUUAAAAGCUGCGCAGAAACAAUUGAUGAAGCUGUGGCGUCUAAUUGAAUCUAACAAAAACGAUCCUCCAGCUAAUACGCCCUCGUUACUACAACCCGUUCAGCCCAAUGAAAAUAAAGUAGGGUUAACAAAUGACGAACUUCAAGAAAUACUGUUCAUAAAAGAGGCAGAGCGUCGUGAAAAAAACAAUGAAAAUGCAAAUGAAGCCGUAAUUGAGAAAAUGAUUCACGACUUCAUGAAACCCAAAUUGAUUGUCCGCUCGACUGAUGUCUUAAAAUACUGGGAGGACAAUCGCUUGUUACAACAUCAGUUAUACGUAUUAGCUAAGGUUGUCCUUGCAGUGCCUUGCACACAGAUGAGCGUCGAGAGGCUGUUUUCUGGACUGAAAUUUAUUUUAUCGGUCUAUCGUUCGAACUUAACUGAAUCAAUUCUUGAAGACAUUUUAGUCGUAAGAGCAAACGCUUUAUUCAUGGCCUAA